AUGGCUGCUAAAACUCUUCCCCAUUCAUCACAACCCUGGCCAUCUCUCGCCUGGAGGGCGUAUAUUCAUUAUACUCGACUGACUGAUGGCGCCUCUAGCCUGCAGUCGAGGCCACUUUCGGUUGUGAAGGCGGAGAAUGAUCUCGAGUUGGCACUGGACGGGCUGCUGGAGGAAAAUAUAUUCCCACGUCUGUUGGUCCAGUGGCUGUUGGCCUGCUUUCUUGCCGGACAAUGCCAGACGCUCAAAGGGAAGGCCUAUGAGACGCGAUCGGGCGCUGAAGCCAACCUCAAAAUUGGGCUUGCACCAGCCACGUAUGUUUCCCUCCAAUUCAACAUUCUAGCAUCGACAAGUAGUGAUCUGGUAUACUUAUCCAUAAGCAUUUCUACUAAGGAAGCCAGUCAAGCUCUGUAA